AAUGAAUUGAAGCAGUAGGUGGACCAGUUGCACAAAGAGAGCGCCUUUCAUACUUCUCAAACUUGCUCAACGAAAGUCUUGGCAUCCUAUUGACCUACAUUCCUCGAACGACCAGCCUAGAAGGAGACAAUGCCAUUCAGGACCCUGUGAGCUCUGGAAGUGUAUGCUGACUCUCACUUUCCAUUCACUGGAGGACAUAGCCACGUGGAAGUAAACCUUCUCGACCAGGUAUCACGAUGGCCUCCAACGACCACAUCUUGGUCGCUCGACAACAUAUCCAAAACCACAGCGAGUCAAAUACUCACUACUGGGGCUACCCUUCUCGAACAUUACCCUGCACCAACGAUGCUGGUUCUUGCGAGUACCUCGAGCAGGUCUACAGCGGCCAUGUCAGAUCCAUGCUGUACACUUUCAUCCUCUGGGGUGUGAUCUUGGGUAUCUUCCUCCUCUGGGGCAUCGCAAGGAUAUGGAAUUCUGGUCGAGCAUCGCAUGGCGCAGCAGCCCUAUUCUUCGAAUUCGCUUCAAAGUUUCAGCCACUACGACGACAUCUCCUACCGGAUGCUCCUAUGCGAUGGCUCUUCGGACGAGUCUCCAGAGUACAAGUCGCCAUCCUCUCCGUCAUGACGGCCUACCUCAUCAUUUUCUCCUUCUUCGGCAUGGAAUAUCGAAUGUGGAAAACGCCAGUGAAAGGCACAGAUCUCUUCAACACUCGUUCCACGCUUGGAACAUGGAGCGAUCGUAUCGGCGCCCUGGCGUACGCUCUCACUCCUUUCGCUGUACUACUCUGUAUGCGUGAAAGCGUGCUGAGUCUAGUCACCGGCAUUCCCUAUCAGCACUUCAACUUCCUGCACCGCUGGCUAGGCCGCAUCAUCUUUGCACAGUCACUCCUCCACACCAUCGGCUGGACGAUCAUCGAAGCCAAACUCUACCAACCUCAACCUACCGUGGCCGAGAAGUGGAUCAAGCAACAGUACAUGAUCUUCGGCUGUAUUGCCAUGAUCCUCAUCCUGCUCCUCACGGUCUUCAGUCUGAAACCUGUGAUACGAUGGACAGGGUACGAGUUCUUCAAAAUCACACACUGGUUCAUCGCUAUCUUAUACAUCGGAGCCUGCUGGGGACAUUGGGAUAAGCUGUGGUGCUGGAUGGUGCCUUCGCUCGCGCUCAUCGUAAUCGAUCAAAGUAUUCGAGCAUUCCGCACGCUGUACAUCCACAUGGGAGGGAAGAAGACUUCUGGCCUUGGGUUCAAAUGUGCUCAAGCUGAGCAGCAAGUCUUGACUGAUGACAAUGGAACAGUCCUGCGACUGGAUUUCGACUACGAACAUCGUAACCUCGGAGGCUGGGAAGCCGGACAGCAUUUUUAUCUCACAUUUCCGAGUCUGUCAAUCUGGCAGGCGCAUCCUUAUACCGUGUCCAGCAUUCCGGAUGUGAGGAGCAAGAUGCAGCAUCACACAUAUCUCAUUCGGGUGCGAGACGGACAGACGAAGAAGUUGGCCGCCCUUGGGCAUGGCGCAACUGUACCAGUCAUCCUAUCGGGACCCUACGGCAACGCCUUCCCAAGCUACGAGGCACAACACGUCCUCGCGGUCGCCGGUGGCACAGGCGUGACCUUCACCUGGCCAAUAAUCAUGGAAGCCGUACGACAAUGUACUUUCACCGCUUCUGUCAUCGACUUCGUCUGGGUCGUACGGAAAGCAGAAGAUCUCAUGUGGCUAUCAAGCGAACUGGGUCAGAUGAAGAAACUGCUUUCUGAGAAGCUAGGCCUGAGCAUUUCCAUCUACGUAACAAGAGACGUUAAACACACAAUCAAAGGCAAAGAGAAACUCUCCUCUGAUGAAGUCAACGAAAAGACCAAAGAAUCCGGUAUCGAAACCAGUGUCUCAUCUCUAUCUGGACGCUCGACACUCUCGCUUGACGAACUGCUUUCGAGCACAGACUCGAGAUUCCGAGUGCAUUGGUUGAAAGACCAUCAUCCUUCUGUAGCAGAAAUCGUCUUGGAUUUUGUAGAAAGAGCAAAGGACAUUGGCGGCGGGUUGGAAGUCGUGGGUAGUGGGCCAGAGGCCAUGGGAUCGGAUUUGAGAGCUGCGGUUGCGCGAGCCAAUGUGAGAGAAGCUGUGAACUUUUAUUGGGAUUCAAGAGGUUGAGCAACUAGGUAAAGAGCAUUUUGUUAGCGUUUGCAUGAGAUAUGAAGUUAUGGCAUUGCAUUGCUCUGGAUUGAUGAAGGACUUACUAUCGUCGGUGAGCGUGCCAGUGUGGUGUGAGGUUGAGCGAUCGAUUGAGAACAGGAGUCUCGGCC